UCUCUAUUGUGUUCAUGCUAAUGUAGCGCCGAUAUCACAUCGCGCAGCCAGUCCCCCCGGGAUGUAUAAGUAGCGCCGGGAGCAGGAGAAUGCAGCGCUCGGAGGUGCCACUAGACAGCAGUUCUGCGCAGUCACACGACUCUCUACUACUGGGACACUUGCAAUGAGUUGUCUGGAUCUUAUGUACCAUCACCAAGUGUAUGGAAUGCGCCACUAUCUGCCCAGCCCGGGGGCACCUUGUAGCUCUGCCUGUUACCAUCAUCAUCAUCACAACCAACAGAAGAGAAUAGCAGCAUACAACAAGAUGCAAGAAGCAUUAGAAAUGGCUCACCCAACAAAACAAGAGGAAGAGGAGAAGGAACAGCCUGCGGAGAUGGAAUAUCUGAAUUCUCGUUGUGUCCUAUUCACCUAUUUUCAGGGAGACAUUGGAGCAGUGGUGGAUGAACAUUUCUCCAGGGCUUUGAGCCAAAUAAGCACCUUCAAUCCUGAAAAUACAGCAUCAAAGAGCAAACUAGGCGCCAAUUCUCUAUGGAGGGAAAGCCCGUCAGUAUCAUGCCAAAGAAACAGUUUUCCAUCAUCACUAUGGACAAACACUUAUCAGCCAUCAACUCCGCCAUGCCUGAGCGGGGUUCAUCAAGACUUUUCAACAGCCCCUAGUACCUUCUCAAGCACGGACCAUACCAACUGGCGUGGGGAAACUUUACAUCAGACCAUACCACCUCCUCCACCAGCUGCUUCUGAAUCCUGGCAUUAUCCAUUGGCUUCACAGGCAAGCUCGCCAUAUACGCAUAUGCAUGACGUUUACAUGUAUCACCACCAUGGCCAUCCACACACCCACCAUCAUCAUCACCCAGGUUCACAUCUAGACCCAAGAUAUGGACAUCUGUUAAUGCCACCAGUAAGAGCCUCAAGGAUUUCAGCUCCCCAGUGUGAUAUUACAAAAACUGAUUCCACUCCUACCACCACUGCUACCUCGGCAUGGAAUGGAGCAUUUCAUGGUACAGUGGAUAUUGUCCCAAGUUUUGGCUUUGAGACAGGUAUUCAACAUCAGGAUAAAAGCAAGGAAUCUCUAUGGUUCUGAAAAAAAUAUAGAAAUCAGCUGCAAACAGAAUGAUCUAAUCGAACAUGGACUAUAAAAAAACUACUUUUUUUUUACAAGAAAGAAGGGAAAGUAUAAGGAAUGAAAUGCCUUAGACAUCUGUUGCAGAUAAUAUUUAGGCAUAUUGGUAUAGUAUUUCCUGAGCCUACUGCAAACAUGCAGCCAUGUUUCUUUUGCUGUUCUUCAACCCCAGGAAAGUUCUCCUUCUAUCAAGACUGUGAAAGGACCUUGUGGAACCAGUGGAACCCCCCGCCUAUUUUUAUAGAGAUGUAGAACGUUAAAAAAUAUACUGAGGGACAUAUUUUUAUAAUAAUAAAAAAAAAAAUAUAAAGACAAAUAAAUGGUCAGGUUCUGUUUAAAGAACUGUUUCUCAGCAAAAGCACUGGCAAAAACCCAAAUUUGGUUUAAGAAAAACGAUUAUUUUCGGAUGUCUGUGAAGUGACUUGUGUCCUAAAGAGUCUUAUUUUUUUAUUGAUACUUCAGUAGUGUUCUCGGAAAGAAGUGACCGCCAUAUUUUUUAGAAGCUAUUGUUUAUUUUUCUUAGGUAGUAAGUCAACAAAACAAGUAUAGUGAUAGCGUAGCAAGAAAUGCUUUAAAGGAGAAGGAAAGGUAUAUUUAAUUGGGGGUGCCAAAAGUUAGGCACCCCCUAGUGAUUGUAUUUACUUACUUGCUCCUAUAAGGAGAAAACUGCCCCGGUCUAGGGGUUCUUCCAGCGAGCAUCAUUGAGCAAUCCGCUUUCUUCUUCUUCUUCUUUCUUCAAAUUUCCCAGGGCAGACGCAUGUGCAGUAGAACAAAAUAGCUGACUUCUUCUUUAAAGUUCGACUUUUCGCUCUAUUACACAUGCGCAGCCGCGAGAAGAAAGAAGAAGCCAAAAGCCGAUUUUUCCGUGGUGCUCGCUGGAAUAACCUCAGGCCAGUGCAGUUUUCUGCUGAUAGGGGCACCGGUCAGGGGCGUCAGAUAAGUAAAUACAUUCACUUGGGGGUGCCUAACUAUUGCACCAUCAAGUACAUAGUGCUUUUCCUUCUCCUUUAAGAAGAGGAAUCACUUCUUACUAACGACAGAGUUUAGGAAUAGUCUCCAGGUUAAGGUUUGUAAGCAAUUUUUGAAAUUCUGAAACGGUAAUAAAAUCUGUUAAAAUA